AUGUCUAGACAACACAAAUUUCCUCUUCUUGUUUUGCUGUUACUGAGCCUCCUACUGAAUGACUGUAGAGCGCAGGCCGUGGAUAAGGAUGAGGUCGUUUGGACGACACAAUCCGGUUGGAAUGACAUGAAAACAUGUGCCAAGUGCAAGUUUGACUCCCUCCUUUGCAACUGGCCAGGUAAUCUGCAGGGGGACAUUGGCUGCAGCACAAAUGCCUGCAUGUGCCGGGCUAGCACGUUGGGUCAGACACUCAAGAAGGUGUCUGAUUCCGUGCUGUCUGCCUGCUCCAACUACGAUGAUCAACGGGACGCGACAAGCUUCUUGAUCGCGUACUGCUCUGAUAAGGGCUACACAAGCAUCGGCUCUGCCGUGAUAGCCAGCUCGACAGCUAAGGUUACUUCCGACUCUCGUGUUAGUUCACAAACAUCCGAAGCAGUGACAACGACGACGAAAGAAUCUCGGACAACUGCACCGGGUGUGAUAAGCACACAGAUCAUCAGUAAUGGUGUCACGUCAGUAAUUACAAUCACAAAAGGGCCGGAGCAGACAUCGUCAUCCACAACCAGCAAUGGGAGCAGCGACAUUACCAACUCAUCAUCCCGCGACGGCGAUAAGCUAAGCAAAGCAGAGCUGAUUGGGAUCAUCGUUGCUGUUGUUGGAGUGUUUAUCGCUGCUCUGACUCUGUGGGUGACUUGGAGAGGGAGGAAACGCCGCCGGGCCAAGAACAAAGCAUCGCCAACUACUUUGCCAGAUGCUGGACACCAGCUGAAGAACAUUCCUGCUCGGAACCAGAACGAGGCUUAA